UCCAGUCUUCCGCGGAUGACUAACCAUCAGGCUGUGCGCACCACGUUAUAUUCCUCUUCCAUCGCUCAACCAUCACUCGUCUUCUUCACUGCAAGAAUGACACCUGCAGUAGAAAACCCUCCGGCCGAAGAAGAGGCGAAUGCUGAAGUUAUCUCAGGAACAGAAAGUGACAGUGACGAUGAAUUACCAGAACUCGAGGAAGGAGAUGCUGGCCAGCCUAAUAUAACGAGUGAUGUAGCUGCUGCUGCAGGAUUGACAGAAGAACCAGUCAGUAAAGCCAGACAAAGCCGAGGCGAAAAAAAGGCCCGGAAAGCAAUGUCAAAACUUGGACUUAAAGCUGUUCAAGGAGUUACCAGAGUAACAAUAAGAAAAUCCAAAAAUAUACUAUUUGUAGUUAACAAGCCUGACGUUUACAAGAGUCCAGCUUCAGACACUUACAUUGUGUUUGGUGAGGCAAAGAUCGAAGAUUUAAGCCAGCAAGCCCAAGUGCAGGCUGCUGAAAAAUUCAAGGCACCCCAGCCAGCUCCUGUCAUCCCAGAAGCAAAGGCAGCUGCUAUUGAACAGGAGGAAGAAUCUGAAGAGGAAGAGGUUGACGAAAGCAAGGUAGAAGAUAAAGACAUUGAACUUGUGAUGCAGCAGGCCAAUGUGUCCCGAUCUAAGGCUGUCAAAGCUUUGAAAAACAACGACUGUGAUAUUGUCAAUGCCAUUAUGGAGCUGACAAUGUGAAUGAAGGAUGAGGCAACAACUUUUAAAAAAUUUACCCUCUCUCUGUACAGGAUUUUGAGUCUUUGUUUUCUUUGGUCAAAAAAAAACUAUGGGAAUAAAAUAGCUGUUAUUAAUUUG